UUGAGCGAUUCCCAUUUGGAGGAGAGGACCGAUAUUACCCAAUGGAGUUGCUCGAGUUUGUUCCAGAACAAGAGGAUCGAAUAGCAGGCAAAUGGAUGAAUCAGCUUUCCAAUGAUUUAUCAAACAAACUAAAAAUAUCUGAAGAACCAAAGAGUCCAGUGACUAUUUUGAAGAAAGAUCAAGACAAUAAUUUUGAACUUUGGUAA